CCAGCCCCUGCAGCCCGCCAAGGAAGCAGGAAGAAGGUGGGGCCUGCACUCAGAUGGUGCCGUGAGGUCACUCACCGAUACGGUGGCUUCCUGAGAGGAGGAAAUGGAGUCCAGGCGCCCAGGACCGAGGGCAGGUCCGGGACAAGCCUGCCCGGGACACUACGGCCGGAAUCCCCAGCACAGGCCAUAGCAGAGAGCUGGAUCGGAAGUGGAGCAGCCGGGUCUCGAACUGGCGCCCGUAUGGGAUGCUGGCACUUCAGAUGGCAACUUUACCGGUUACGCCACAGCGCCAGCCCCUUGAUGCUCUUUUGUUAAAGCGAGUGUCCCUGGAAAAUGGAUCAGGCGGCUGUAUCAAAAGACAUUCUACUUUCACUUCCUAAACGUGCCCCGCGCCUUUGGCCGGCGCAACACCUUCCUCUGCUACCAGGUGGAAGGCAGCGGGAGCUCCUCGCCGGACAAGGGGAUCUUUAUGAAGCAGAUGUGGCCCAGGACUCCCGAGUACCACGCGGAACAGUCCUUCCUCUCCUGGUUUGAGAACCGCCUGCCGCUCCCUGCCCAGCGGCCGUGCCAGGUCACCUGGUACCUGUCCUGGAGCCCCUGCAGCAGCUGUGCCGAGCUGGUGGCUGCCUUCCUGGACACGCACAGAAACGUGAACCUGACCAUCUACACUGCCCGCCUCUACUACCACCUACACCCGGAGUACAGGGCUGGGCUUUGCCAGCUGGUCAGCGCGGGGGCCCAGGUGGAAGCCAUGUCCUUCUCAGAAUUUGAAAAGUGCUGGGAAGAGUUUGUGUACAAUGAAGGAAACCCAUUUAGGCCUUGGCGGAUGCUGCAUCGAAACUACCGCAUCCAGGUGAAGAAUCUGCAGGACAUCCUCAGGGGCGCCAAGGGUCUGCUCGAGGAAGAAACCUUCUGCUUCCAGUUCAACAACCAGCGCCGGGUGCCGAAGCCCCACCGACGCAGGCGGCCUUACCUGUGCUACCAGCUGGCCACGCCCACCGGGUCCCCGCUCCACAGAGGCUACCUGUGCAACCAGAAAGGUCGUCACGUAGAAGUGUGCCUUGUUGACACGAUCCAGGCCAUGGGGCUGGACCCCGCCCAGAGCUACCAGCUCACCUGCUCCCUCUCCCAGAGCCCCUGCCCGCUGUGCGCGCGGAAGCUGCUGGACUUCGCCGGCAGCCACUGCAACCUGCGCCUGCAAAUCUUCACCUCCCGCCUGUACUUCCACUGGCUCAGGAACUUCCAGCAGGGGCUGUACCUGCUGUGCAAGGCCCACAUCCCAGUGACCGUCAUGGGCCUCCCGGAGUUCCGGCACUGCUGGAAAACCUUUGUGGACCAAGCGAAGCCCUUCCCAGCCUGGCGGAAGCUACCGGAAUGCAGCGCCAGCAUCAAGGAGCGGCUUGCGCGGAUUUUGAAGGUCUGGAGUCUGAGCGAUUUGUAGGAUGCCUCCAGCAAACUCAGCCUCAAGCGUAGUGACUGUAGUGACCGAGCGAGCGAGCGUGGCGUGGCCUCCCCGGGAGGGCCACCAGCUCUGCAGAUCCCGCCCUCGCCCCAGCCCCAAAGACCUUUUGUUCUCCCUUCCUGCAUUUCUGUUCUGUGGAGGAGGAGGGCUCAUCAUUUUAUAAUUGAAAAAAAUACAGAUGCUUUGAAAUUUUGAAAAA